AUAUCACAAGCGUUUCCGGGUAGUGGCGGAAGGCGAAGCUCGAGGACGGCCGUCGGGCGGGCGCAAUGGAGGAACCGGAGCGCCGGCGGCGCAGGAAGCGGAGCCCCCGCGGAAGCCGCUCGCCGCCUAGCCCGCCAGAUGAAGCAAGGCUGGCUUCCAAAAAGAAGAGCAAGUCCUCGAACAAAAGACGCAAGAGGAGUCGAAGCCCCCGUCACGUGAUAGGCAAAAUAAAGCAGGAGCGACCCGAUCACUCCCGAAGGAGGCAUGAGGAACGUCAGCAUCGGGACCAUUCUGAAUUGGAGCACAGAUGGGGGAGAAGCGGAGAUAGAGACAGACACCGAGACCAGUCAAGCCGACGGAAACCACAUAGAGAACGCCCUGGUAGCCAUGAAAGGGAAGCUGAUCAUCUCCAGGAGCAGCAGGCAAAGAGGGAGUUUUAUAACGAGCGAAGGCGUGAACAUCGUCAGCAGAUGGAAGCAAGUGGUGAUGAGGAGAAUCGAAACUCGGGAAGGCCCAGUAGUAACAACACAGAAAAAGAAUCAGGGAAUAAAGAAAAACCAAGCUUUGAACUGUCUGGUGCGCUUGUGGAGGAUACCAACACUUUCCGUGGAGUGGUGAUCAAAUACAGUGAGCCCCCUGAAGCACGUAUCCCAAAGAAACGGUGGCGCCUCUAUCCUUUCAAGAAUGAUGAGGUUCUUCCGGUCAUGUACAUUCACAGGCAGAGUGCCUAUCUGCUGGGCAGACACAGACGCAUUGCUGAUAUUCCUAUUGACCAUCCCUCCUGUUCCAAACAGCAUGCUGUCUUUCAGUACCGGCUUGUGGAGUAUACUCGCCCUGACGGCACAGCAGGUCGAAAGGUAAAACCCUACAUCAUUGAUCUUGGCUCAGGCAACGGCACAUUUCUGAACAACCAACGCAUCGAACCUCAGCGCUACUAUGAACUGAAAGAGAAGGAUGUCCUGAAAUUUGGGUUCAGCAGCAGGGAGUAUGUCCUCCUACAUGAAUCCUCGGACACGUCAGAGGUGGACCAGAAGAAGGAGGAGGACGACGAGGAAGAGGAUGAAGAAUCAACAUGA